AUGGAUCUUGGGAUGGGAGAAAUCGGGGUUAGGCUAAUGGAGAAGGAGAGGAUGGUGUUCUCGGCGUCACCUGCAAGGUAUGAAGGAAUGUUUAUAAGGGGUAUCAUUGCCGAGAUCACGGUUGGAAUAGCUUUUCCCGAGCUUCAAAGAUUAGAUUCUCCCGAGCUCGAAGAUAUCGAUUCUACCGAGCACACAGAUAUAGCUUCUUCCGUGUCUAGCGCGAACUCUCCCUUCUCUUUGGCGCCGUUGAAAAAGAGGCGUCACGAGCCCGACAGCUCUGACAGUACCUCACGCAAGUUUUCAGAGACAUGGAAAGCUCUGGUGCCGGCGGAUAGUCUUCCAGACGGGUAUAGUUGGCGCAAGUACGGUCAAAGGGCUAUGCUUAACUCGCGUUAUCCAAGGUGCACAUACAGAGACACGCAGGGGUGCGGGGCCACAAAACAGGUGGAGCGCGACCGGAAUGAUCCAGCGAUGCUGGCCGUAACGUACCGAGGGGUGCACGUGUGCAAAGUGCCACGAUUUGCUGGGGGAUGGAACGAAAUUCAAAAGAAU